GGCCCGACCUGAGUCCCCAUUUGGCCCAUGCUAUCCUCACUCUUCCUUAGCCAGGAGUGCACUUUAGCCAACUCUCCUUGUCAGUCUUUAGGUCUCAGUCACUUCCUCACUACAGCAGUACACCUGAGGCUGGACAACUUAAAAUGAACACAUUUAUUGACUCACAGUUCUGGAGGAAAACCUGAACCAAACCUCCAGACCCAUGUGAACUUUAUCACGUCAUGACUGGCUGGUGUUCCUGUUCACCAGCUGCCUUCACUAGUGACCAGUGCCAGGCUUGGUCUGACUGAAGACACUUGGGAUGUUUCAGGAGCAAGUGGCCUUGGGGACAUGGUUGUGGACUUCACCCAGGAGGAAUGGGGGCAUCUGGAGCCCACCCAGAGAACACUGUAUCAUGAGGUGAUGCUGGAGACCUUCAGACUUCUGAUCUCUGGGUGAGACCACCAUUGUGUUUAUGAUGGUCUGCCUGCAGCACAGAUUCUGAUGCACUGAGCUUAAAAAUAGGAGGUGGAGCUGGGCCUUAAAAGCAGAAAUCUGGGCUUCAAGAACCUGAUCAUGUUAGUACAGGAAAUAUCAAAGAGGAUCAGUAUUUCUAGCAAGUCACAGAGCCAACCUGGGAACACCAGAAGCAAAGAUGAAUGGGACUUGGAAAGUAGAUCUGAAACCAGACAGUCCGCUCCAGAGCAAAGCAUCUCUGAGGAAAUACCCAACAGUGUCAUCCUGGUAGAAAGAGUCCUGUGGAAUCCAUGGAUCUCUAAGAGUGAGGCUACCAAGGGCCACUGGGAGUGGAGCUGUGAGAGCCUGCAGAGCUUUGUGGCACAUGUGGCCUUUACACCAGUGAAGAUACCCACUCGGAAGCAGUGCCAAGGGAAUGAGUUUAGGGCAAUUUUGGGUCUGACCCCUGAUCUCCCAACUCAGCCAAUGACUCCUGAAAGACAAGGCCCCCACACAUGGGGAAUACACAGAGAGAGGGAAAAGCCCAACUCAAGGUCAAAUGCUCAACAGAAAACCUAUGCAAAGGAGAAACCUUACAAAUGUCAGGAAUGUGAAAAGGCUUUUAGUCACAGCUCAGCACUCAUCGAACACCACCGGACACAUACAGGAGAGAGACCUUAUGAAUGCCAUGAAUGUGGGAAAGGGUUCCGAAACAGCUCAGCACUUACCAAACACCAGAGAAUCCACACUGGGGAGAAACCCUACAAAUGCACCCACUGUGGAAGGACUUUCAACCAGAUCGCCCCACUGAUCCAGCACCAGAGAACUCACACAGGUGAAAAGCCCUAUGAGUGCAGUGAAUGUGGGAAAUCUUUCAGUUUCAGGUCCUCCUUCAGCCAGCAUGAGCGGACUCACACAGGAGAGAAGCCCUACGAGUGCAAUGAGUGUGGGAAAGCCUUCCGGCAAAGCAUCCACCUCACACAGCAUCUGCGGAUCCACACUGGUGAGAAACCCUAUCAGUGUGGAGAAUGCGGCAAGGCCUUCAGCCACAGUUCAUCUUUGACCAAGCACCAGCGAAUCCACACUGGAGAGAAGCCCUAUGAGUGCCACGAGUGUGGAAAAGCCUUCACCCAGAUCACGCCACUGAUUCAGCAUCAGAGGACCCACACAGGAGAGAAGCCCUAUGAAUGCAGUGAGUGCGGGAAAGCCUUUAGCCAGAGCACACUCCUGACUGAGCACCGGAGGAUCCACACGGGAGAGAAGCCCUAUGGCUGCAAUGAGUGUGGGAAAACCUUCAGUCACAGCUCCUCGCUCAGCCAGCAUGAGCGGACACACACCGGAGAGAAGCCCUAUGAGUGCAGUCAGUGUGGGAAGGCCUUCCGGCAGAGCACACACCUCACACAGCACCAGAGAAUCCACACAGGAGAGAAGCCCUAUGAGUGUAGUGACUGUGGCAAGGCCUUCAGCCACAGCUCAUCCCUGACUAAGCACCAGCGAAUCCACACUGGAGAGAAACCCUAUGAGUGUAACGCAUGUGGCAGGGCCUUUAGCCAGCUUGCUCCCCUCAUUCAGCACCAGAGGAUCCACACUGGAGAGAAGCCCUAUGAGUGUAACGAGUGUGGCAGAGCCUUCAGCCAGAGCUCCCUUCUUAUAGAACACCAGAGGAUUCACACCAACGAAAAGCCUUAUGGGUGCAAUGAAUGUGGGAAAUCCUUUAGUCAUAGCUCCUCACUGAGCCAGCACGAAAGGACGCAUACUGGAGAAAAGCCCUAUGAAUGUCAGGACUGUGGGAAGUCCUUUAGGCAGAGCACCCACCUAACUCAGCACCGGAGGAUACACACAGGAGAGAAGCCGUAUGAGUGCAGAGACUGUGGGAAGGCCUUCACACACAGCUCUUCCCUUACCAAGCACCAGAGAGUUCACAGUGGGUAGGCCCACUCAUGUGCUAGGGCUGUUGGAAAGCCUGAAACCUUAGGUCAUUCCUUACUAGACUUGACCCAGUCAUGCUCUUGAGAGACAACACUUUUGUACACAGCUUUCACACAUAAUACACUCCUCAGCCUCAGAAUUCACCUUGACAAAUGACUGUGGGACCACCAAGCUCUAGGCCACCAAUCCCCAGAUCUAAACAGCAGGGAAGUGUGCAGAUGGUGAGCAUUGAGGACUUUCAACCCGAGUGCCCAUUAAUGCAGUGUUAUACAACCUACAGAAGAGAAGUGGGGAUGGUAUCUGCCCAAGGACUUAGCGUAUUCUAAACCAGAGGUGUUCAGAGUAGUGAGAAAUCCAACAAAUACCUUUCAUGUAAAAGAACCAAAUGUAGUCAGAAUUUGCCAUUAUUGCAUAUUACACUGGUGUGGGGAGGGUGUUUAGAAUGGUGCAAGUUGACCGAUAUUUCAUUAAAAAACAAUAUGGCAUUUCACAAAUGCCGUGUUCAUGGAAUCCCCAUGGAUACCUGACUACCUAGAUAUGAAGUUUUCUGAUUAGUGUCUAAGUUGUACAUGCCAGCUAGUCUCAUGGAUUUGACUCUCAUUUGACAAAGUAUCAGUAUACUGAAAACAGAUUUUAAAUUAGUUAUCUCUAUAGUGCUUUAUAACAAAUUAAUCUUUAUAUGCAACAGUUUUGAAAAGCUUUGUAUGGGAAGACUCAAAAAUGUAAAGCUAUUCCCAUGGAGUCUCACAGAUUCUAAGGUAGCUCUUGCUGCUCUGUUCCUGCUAUAAUUUUCUGCAGGAUUCAGAGGCAUUAAAAAGCAGAUGUUGCUAUUUUUUGAAAAAGAGAAAAUUAUUUCAUUAAGCCAUGAUCUUAUGAGUGAUAGCACCUUUGUGUCAGAACCACUUUUUACAAGAGUUCCCUCUUUUGGAAAAUGUAUAAGUUAAUCCCCUCCAGAACUGUUUUUCACUGAUUCUUCUUCCUAGUGUUUAGUAGCUUAUAUGUGUGUAUAAAAGUUUUAACAUGAAGGCCCAUGUUAUUUCAUUGAACACUGAAUAUAAAUCACAGCCUCUCUGACAUCCACAACCUUUAAAUGGUGACUUGCUGCCUUUGGAAUAUGUAUUGACAUUGUAUUGACUGGCUGUUGUUAUGUCAAGUCAGUUUGGUUUUUCAAAUCACAACUCUGAAACAGAUGUCUCUUUUGGAGAAAACAGUCUUCUAACACUGCCUCUUGGUAUGCUUGUGGAAUUAAUUUCAGUGUCAUUUAAAAGCACGUUCAAAAAGUCUCAGUAAAUAGUGCACAAAGCACUGACUGCCCAAUAGAAACCAUGUAAGCCACAUUGGUUGUAGUAGGCACAGCUUCUGCGAGCAGUGCCGGCAUCCCAUAUGGGUGCCUAUUUGAGUCCCGGCUGCUCCACUUCCAAUCCAGCUCUCUGCUAUGGCCUGGAAAAGCAGUAGAAGAUGGCCCAAGGGCUUGGGCCCCUGCACCCACUUGGGAGACCUGGAAGAAGCUCCUGGCUCCUGACUUCAGAUCAGCCCAGCUCUAGCCAUUGCAGCCAUUUGGGGAAUGAACCAACACAUGGAAGAUCUUUGUCUCUGUCUCCCCCUCUCUGUAACUCUAUCUCUCAAAUAAAUAAAUAAUCUUUAAAAAAAAAAAAAGUAAGCCACAUUGGUAACAUUAAAUAUACUAAUAGUCAAUUUAAAAAGAAAGAAGAAACAGGUAAAAUUAAGUCCUACUUACCCAAUAUAGCCCAAAUGUUACCAUUUCAACAUAUCAUUAUAAAGAAUUUAUAUUUUGCAUUUCUUUCUGUGUAUCUUCAAAAUGCAGUGUGCAUUUUAUACUUGCUGCACAUUUAAGUUAACAGUAGCCAUAGUUCAAGUGCGCAUUUGGUAUACAGUCCACAUCUAAACUUUUGAAAUGUCAGCUUUUAAAUUCCCAGCUGAGGUCAGUGCUGCGGCUCAAUAGGCUAAUCCUCUGUCUGCGGCGCCAGCACACCGGGUUCUAGUCCUGGUCGGGGCGCCGGAUUCUGUCCCGGUCGCUCCUCUUCCUGUCCAGCUCUCUGCUGUGGCCCAGGAGUGCAGAGGAGGAUGGCCCAAGUGCUUGGGCCCUGCGCCCGCAUGGGAGACCAGGAGAGACACCUGGCUCCUGGCUUCGGAUCAGCGUAGUGCGCCAGCCACAGCGGCCAUUGGGGAGUGAACCAACAGAAAAAGGAAGACCUUUCUCUCUGUCUCUCUCUCUCUCUCACUGUCCACUCUACCUGUAAAAAAAAAAAAAUCCCAGCUGAGGCCCCAAACAUGGUAGAGCAGACCCAAGCCAUCCCUGUUGUGCCCCUUCCACAGUACUGAUCCACUGAAUCUGUGAGCAAAACAAAAUGGCAGUGAUUCAUUUUGGGGGGGAUGGCUCGUGACACAGCAAUGCUAAUACACUCUCAGAGAAGAUAUUUCUUAAGACAAAUACAAUUGGGUCACUCUUGCCUCACACUCUCCAGUGGCUUCCUACCACUCUUCAGAGGAAAGAAAAACCUCUCUGGAAGACAAGGUUCAGCAGGGUUGGGCAUCUGUACCCCACUUUGGGUUUCAAUGUGCCAAUCUGUGUGCUUUCUACAAAAAACCUUGUUUGCUUUUCUGAACUCAUGUUUUUCAUAAAGCUACCCAUAAAUUUUGUCGUCUGAAGCAUCAAGGUUUUGACUCAAGGCUGAUCCCUGAGCCCUGCUCCAGAACAUAUGUUUGAAUAUUUGGGGUGGUCACAAUGAGGCUGACUCUUGUAUUCUCUGGAGUAUGACAGCCCCUGCUCCACACACUUGAUCUGCCACCCUUCUCAGGGCCUGUGGGAAGGCACUUACUGCUUCUUUAAGGGACCAGCCCCUCAAACUGGGUAAUACCCAUGCAUCCUCCCUUCUCAAACCCUUAAACUAUUUCUCAGGGAACCUGUUCUGGAAAUUUCACCACAUGCUCCUUUGUAACAUUUACGUUGAUCAUUAUUUGCUUCUUUGUUUAAGGCCUACUGCUCUCAACAAUCUCUCUGAAGGCAGGGAGCACCCUCUCUGAUCCUAUUUCUCCCUCCCAGGCAGCCCUAGUGACUCGGCAAAAGAUUGCGCUUACUGGGUUCCUUCCCAGUGAGCUGACUGUAGCAACACCAUCCCUCUAUUGAGUGCCUGGGUCAGGGCCCAGGCUGCAGCCAUUAUGAGCCAGGCAUUCCCACAGUGACUGUGGUAUCCAGAAGUGGCUUGUUGUUUCGUUUACACCAAGAGGAAGGCCUCAUGCUUUGGUAAGACAGAUUAUCUCUCUCCUCUGCAUACAAAGGAGGAAGGAGACAGCUCAGUAUCUUGAAGGUGAAGGAACCAUCAUGGGGAGAAAAUCAACUCAAGACAGCAGAGCCCAGAGUCGUCAAAAGGUCAAGCAGCUGCCCUACCCUGGAAUUUGUCUCCUGAUCACCUGGGAAAUAAGAUCUGUCAAGGUGGCUGCAGUUUGGAGUUGGACUUCUGGUGACUAGCGACCAAAAUCAUACACCUUGAGUGGAAGAAUCAUCAAUCAAAAUCAUUUUGUUGUCUGGUAAAAUCGGGACAGCUAGGGCCUUUGGGAGCUCUGCAGGAAUGCUGGAGGUGCAGAUGAAAAGCCAGCUGCUGUUCCCUGGGACUUCUAGGAGCUGCCCUUUCUAAAACUCAGGCUUAUUUGUCUUGUGAAAUGACUGGGCUGCACUAUGUUUUGAGAAUCUGGUAUCAGGGCUUUGCCACAGUUAAUGAAGAUGAAAUUCUUAAGGUCACUCUCAUGAACCCCUUACAUUAAGGGCAAGCACCGGAUUUUCUUUGUAAUUUUGAGUUGUUUCUGAAGAGGGACCCCCACCCUAGCGGUGUCAGUUUGAGUCCCAGUGAAUCUAGGCUGCAGCAACCCCAUUCCUGGAGAAUCCUUGUGGAUGUUCCUGCAGUUCCAAGGGCGGUGGUCCCUGGAUUUUGUUGUAAAUGAAAACAAUCUGAAGUUGUAGGGUGUUAAACCUGAGGUCCUGCUUUGGUUGCUCUUAAGUGGGUUGGUAAUCUGUCCACAAAGGCACUGGAUGAUUCUAAAACAGGAACCUGGAUGUCAAGUGGGAACAGUGCCCAAGACUCCUGAAGUGGUCCCUCUGUAGAAACCCACAGCUCCCAAGUGUCCUGGCCGAGGACUCUCAGGUGAGGGAACAACGUAAUCUCAAUUUUCAAUAGAUUCAGGCUGGGUAGCAGGGAGGAUGUGCCUUUAUCACAUCAGAAACACAUUUUGUUUUUGCCAUUGUGGUACAGUAUUCUCUCGUGACGCUAGGCAGCAGAGGGAGCCAUAGCUGUCAGUCACUGGAUCACAGGAGUAAAUUAUCCAUACUGUUACUGUCUACUGUGUUGCUGUUAUGAAGAUUAAUAGGAUAAUUAUUAAAUGCAUUUUGAUACCAUAUUCUCA